CGCAGCUGGUCAUCAGCGGCACCUUCUCGCUGGCUGGCCCGGCCGGCGGUGCGGGGCAGGUGGAGCAGGCCUCGCGGCGGCAGCGAGGCGGGAAGGCGCGGCUCGCGUACAAGUGCGGGGAGUGCGGCAAGAGUUUCCGGGCCGAGGCGGACCUGCGGAAGCACCUGGCGGGGCACUCCAAGGCGGGGCGGCACGCGUGCGGAGUGUGCGGCAAGCAGUGGCGUGGGGCUGCGGAUCUAAUGAAACACGCGAGGAUCCACACCGGGGAGAAGCCCUACCAGUGUGACGAGUGUGGGAAGAAGUUUAACCGGGAAAGCAAUCUAACUGUGCACAAGAGGAUGCAUUCUGGGGAGAAGCCUUUUGAGUGUGACGAGUGCGAGAAGAAGUUCUCCGUUAAGCAUGUACUAAUCACACAUAAGCGCACCCACACUGGGGAGAGGCCGUACGAGUGUGACGUGUGUGCGAUGAAGUUCAGUUAUAGUUCUAACCUCGCUAGCACAAGCGGAUCCACACUGGAGAGAAGCCCUACUUGUGCAAGGUGAGGUGUCCUGAUGAGGUUAUAUUGCCGGCUGAUCGGAUGCAUUAUGCUGGAGGAACCGAGUGACAACACAAAUCACAUGCACUGACUUCUUCUGUGUGCGCAAGCAAUGUCAUCUGUCCGGGACUUUGGGCUGGCACUCCACCGUUAUUGCACAAAUAUUUUGUUUGAUGGAUCCCGACGCUGAUCGACGCCAGACCAAAACAAGGGACUUGUAAACUGCGGUAGGGGUUCGAGGGGGGUAAAGCUCAGCGCCGCCUGGCCAUGCGUGGUGGCCACACUUGGAACUACAGUUGAGUUGUCAGUAGCAGCCAGUGCACACUUCA